AUAACGUCGCAGGUUGACAUUUGACACUUAAUUCACACUCUAAAAUCCAACUCAACAAAAGAUGGCUUCUUCUUCUUCUUCCUUUCUUACCUUUCAAACCAAAACCCUAAUACCAAUAACUUCAACCUACACUUUCCACAAUUCCCAAACCACAAAUCUCCGAUUCAACCUCAUUACAAAAUCUUCCCCACUCCGUCUCUUCACUCUCCCAUCAUCAUCAUCCACAUACAAAUCCACUCACCGCCGCUUCAAACCUGUCAACCUCUUCACCGGCCUUGUCGAAGAAAUCGGCACCGUCAAACAACUCGGCGUAUCAUCAAACGGUGGUUUCGACUUAAAAGUCAAUGCAAAAACAGUUCUCGACGGCGUCAAUCUCGGAGACAGCAUCGCCGUCAACGGCACAUGUCUAACGGUAACGGAAUUUGACUUAAAAGCUUCAGAUUUCACCGUUGGAUUGGCGCCGGAGACGUUGAGGAAGACUUCGUUGAUUGAAUUACAGCCUGGUUCAUUGGUGAACCUUGAAAGGGCGGUUACACCUGUUAGUAGAAUGGGCGGACAUUUUGUUCAAGGUCACGUGGAUGGCACGGGGGUGAUUGUGAAUAUGGAUUUUGAAGGUGAUUCUUUGUGGGUUAAGGUUAGGGUUGAUAAGGAUUUGUUGAAGUAUGUUGUUAGUAAAGGGUUUAUUGCUGUGGAUGGGACUAGUUUGACUGUUGUUGAUGUUUUUGAUGAUGAAUGUUGUUUUAAUUUCAUGUUGGUUGCUUAUACUCAACAGAAGAUUGUUAUUCCUACUAAGAAGGUUGGUCAAAAAGUUAAUCUUGAAGUUGAUAUUCUUGGUAAGUAUGUUGAGAGGCUUCUUAGUAGUGGUUUUGUUCAGUCUAUUGCAUCAAAGUCUUGAUUCAAUUCCACAGGGUUUUAAAUAAAGCAGGGAGCAUUGUAUUAUGAGAUCAACUUAGACAAAUAUCUGGUGGCUAUUAGGAACCGUACACAAAUGUAUGAAGAAGCUAUCUUAUUUAACUAGCCAUAAGGUCUUGAAACCACAAUUAUUGUGGAAAUAUGUGAGUGAAAGAGGUUAGUAGCAACACUUGAGGCGGGGGUGGACAGCAGUCAGGCCCAAAAGCACCAACCCGUGGGUGUUAGAAGGAGGUCCGAUUUCGUCGGAGGCCUCAGCUUGGAUGGAUCAUGGGCUUCUUGGUUGGAAGGGUUCUUGGGCCGUUCUGGAUUUUCUGGCCCAAUUGACAAGGCUUUUUUUGAUAAGCUUUGAAUGUAAAUUCAAUUGGUAAACUUUUCUUAGAGUUACUUUUAUUCCCUUUAUAGGACUUGUCUAACUAGACUUUGAUGCUACAAACAAUAGUUAUAAAAACUAAAGCAGUCACGUUGUGAUCUAAAAAAUCAUGACAAUUAAACA